AUGGAGGUUUGUGGCGUUGAUUCAGAAGGGAAAGAGUUUAGUAGUGCACAAGAGAUGUGGAGAGAAGAAAUUGGAGAAGAAGGAGAUGAAACUAAGAAAACCCAAUGGUAUAGAGAUGGAGUUUCUUAUUGGGAAGGUGUUGAAGCAUCUGUUGAUGGAGUAUUAGGAGGAUAUGGUCAUGUGAAUGAUGCUGAUAUAAUAGGAAGUGAGGUUUUUCUUAAGACUCUUAUGCAAGAAAGAUUAGUAAAUGGAGGAACAAAUCAACAUCUAGUGGCUCUUGAUUGUGGAUCUGGUAUUGGAAGAAUCACCAAGAAUCUUCUGAUACGAUACUUUAACGAGGUUGAUCUUCUUGAGCCUGUAGGGCAGUUUUUGGAUGCAGCACGGGAAAAUUUGGCUUCUACGGGAUCAGAAACGCACAAAGCUACUAACUUUUUCUGUGUCCCUCUUCAGGAGUUUACUCCAGCUGCUGGAAGGUAUGAUGUCAUAUGGGUUCAAUGGUGCAUUGGGCAUCUCACAGACGAUGAUUUUGUUUCUUUCUUCAACCGAGCAAAGGGAUGUCUUAAACCCGGUGGGUUUUUUGUCGUGAAAGAGAAUCUCGCUAAAAAAGGAUUUGUUUUGGAUAAAGAGGACCAUAGCAUCACCAGAUCGGAUCCGUACUUCAAACAGCUCUUUCGUCGAUGUGGGUUACAUCUCUAUUUAACAAAGGAUCAGAAGGGUCUUCCGCAGGAGUUAUUCGCUGUAAAAAUGUAUGCUUUAACGGUUGAUACACCUCCCAAAGUCCACAAAACCAGAUCGAAAACUCGUGGCAACAGACCGCAGAUUAUCAAAUGA